CGACAGGGUCUCAACAAAACAGGUUGCGAUGAUCGUCAAACCACAGAGGUUUUGUGGAAUAUCUCGUUUCUGAACCAAGUGAUCGUUUUUAUGGUUUACCAUUAUUUUGAGAACCUAAGCGGAAGAAACUGAUUCUGUUGCAUUCUUUAGGUUCUGGUCUAGACGCAUUUGGAGUGGUGAUGAGCCAACAAGAGCUUUUAUUGUAUGUAGAAGAUGCCAAGAUUUGGAUUUCAGAAGUCUUCAGGCAGGACAUUGGACUCCCAUUACCCAGUGUGGAUGUCAGGUAUUAGCCUUACGAGUCCGAUUAGAUGUGGUGGGCAGGAGCGCGGCGAAACCCGUCACGAGAGUGGAGCUGUGAGCCCAGCGAACAGCAAGGCUACUGAAAGCUGGGAACCGGGGAAUGACAGUCUGUGGGUGAACUUAAACGGACCGCUGCCGUCGGAGAGCGACACGAGAGCCCUGCGUAAGACAAACUGGCGCGUCUCGAAGUCCGGGACUAACCAACUCCGAAAACAGGACAUACAAGUUGGGUCGGACGAGCUGCUAAUCACUUGUUACCAGCGAUACGCUUUUAGCAACAUGCCCGCUAUCAAAAAGGAGAGACUGGAUGGGGACGACAUGGCAUUGGCCGCCUUCAAUCAGCCGGAGUACCUGGCCCCUUUAAAUGCCACCACUAUCCCCGUGGUGACCCCUCAUCCGCCGGCGUACGAUCACAUUUUCGCCCAUCACCGCGCGUACUUGGGACUGCACGACGGCGCGCUGCAUCACCAGCACCUCCACCAGCACGCCGAAGACUUGAUGCUGGAGAGGUUCUCCUCCGUACCCGACUUUCAGCCGCUGUUCGACAAGGGGGAGCCCUGCAUCGAGGUGGAAUGCGGAGAGAACAAGGCGUUUCUGUACAUUAAUAAACUUUGCCAGGGCAGCAAAGGACCGUCGAUCAAACACCGGGGCGAGUGGCUCACUCCCAACGAGUUCCAGUUUGUCAGUGGAAGGGAGACUGCCAAGGACUGGAAACGUAGCAUCAGGCACAAAGGGAAAAGUCUGAAGACCCUUAUGUCCAAAGGCAUUUUACAGAACCGCGGGCGCCUGGCGGAGAAGCGCUCGGUUCCGCUGCCGCCGACGCGCGUGCCCAAGAAGGAGCCGCCCUCCUGCGCCGCCUUCAGCAGCGAGGACAGCGAGGGCAGCGAGCGGGGCCCCUGGGAGCAUGCCCACAUCAAGCAGGAGGACGAGCUGCACUACAGUAUCAUGAGGAAGAGCCGCGACGGCGACCUGUCGACGAUAAUCUCGGGCCUUCGCCACACCAAGCGGCACGGCAUGCCGGAGGGCCAACCCCGCGACCAAACCGCCGGCGACGACCACACGAACGCCGGCCGCGCCAGACAAGCAGCCUGUCGGUUAAAGGACCCCAGGAACGCAGCAGACACACCUCUAUCCAACGGGGACAGGGGACUACGGACCCCCCUCUUCCCCCCCUCCGUCCUCUGCAGUCGAGUUCACUGCCCAGUUUUCGGGAGACUGCAUUUAAACCCCCCCCACCCCCCUUACCAGAACCCCACAGCUGGGCCCAAUAACACCAGCAGCCCGUCCCGCCCCGGCCUGGCCCACCAGCACCGCCGGGCCCCGGGGCCCCUGGCGCAGGCGCUGCCCGUUAGCGCCAAACAGGCGGCCCUGCCCCGGCCUCACGUCCCAGAGCCCAUGGGGCCGGCGGGGGUCGGCGGGGGCCGGCGGGAGCCCCGGGGCGGUGAAAAUCACGCUCGGAGGAACCGGACCACGUUCCGCCGUCCCGCCACCAGCACGGGGGGGUCUCAGGGUCAGGCCCAAACUCCCCUCGGGACGGGCUGGAAUGGUGGGGUUUAUAUGUGGACAGGGGGGCGCUGCCAGGGAUUCUGGGCCCCGUGA